AUGUCGGCGAUAUUCACCCCAUCGUCUAGAAUGACAAAUAAACAAUACGUUAUUGCACCCCAUGCUAUAUUGACAAUUGACAAUACCAGUACCACAAUAUUAACGCUAUUGAAUACCACAACGUCCAUUAAACGGAUCCCACAAGGUACGACAUUAGGACAAAUUAAAAAUCAUGAAGACAACACAUGCUGUUACGUACGUCAUAAUUCAUGUAGCAUACAACCCCAACACACUACGUCCAUAACAACGCCAAAUCCAAUUUUAUCAAAGUCAAAAUCCUAUUCGUCUAUCCAUAGUACAAUGCACGAAUUAACAUCACAUCUUCCACGUCAACAACAAGACCAAAUAUUAUCCAUAUUGGUCAAACACAAAUCUGUAUUUGAUACAUCAAAAACAUCAAUUAUGAACACCAACAACAUCAGUCAUCGUAUUCCAAUUCUUCCACAGCACCAACCGAUUCAAUCUUACCCAUAUCAUUCUGAUGGAAGUUACAAAACAUUUUCUAGACUAGAAAUUGCCGCAACACUUAUUAUGUAUAAAGUAAAACAUAAAAUAUCAGCAAAUGCGAUUGAUGACAUCUGUUCAUUUCUUCGACUUCUUGGUUUACAACAAUGUCCACCAAAGGACGAGUGGCAUUAAGGCAUGUUUUCGGCCCAAAAAACUACAAUCUAAGACACACAUAUUCGGAAUCAGCAUUAAAUUCUGAAUGGGAUAGCGUUUAAGAAUCGUUCUAAAUCUAAAAAAAAAUUUUCCGAAAAAUAUUACCCUUGAGGUGGUUACCGCAAAGUCGAAAAUUUUUGUUUUCAAAUUCGACCGACAUAAUACCUAGUCCUACACAAUAGGCCAUGCUGAUCACGAAUAUCACAAUUAGAACGUCCAAAAAUGCUUCACUGUCAAAUGACAGCCAAAACAAAAAACAACGUUGAAUCACAUCAAAAACAACCUCCAAUCACAUCAAUAUGUAGCAUCUCUUUUUAGGAUUUGUUGAGAAAAAUCAUUAUUGCUACAAGUUUUUUAUGAGAGAAAUAGUUGUUUUGAAGAGAAACAGAUUAAGUCUUUGCCUCCCUUAGUCAUAUCAUGUACAAAGAGCAGAAUAUAACAUUCCUUUUAUCUCUCUUGACGUAUUUAUACAGCGCGUCACAUAACCAUUACGCUCCCCUCUGGAACUUAAAGUAUAAAUGAUAUCACAGAGUGUUAUAUACCAAAUUAAUUCUCAUGCAAAUCUGAAUUCAGGAGGGUAACUAAUAGGCCGUACAGCAACUACUGGAUAUGGAAAUGUUUGAAUGUUUUGAGCGACACUUCAAAAUGAGCUUGUAUUUUACAGUUUUCAUUCUUCCUAUACAUUUUCUCAUAAAAUAAUAGCAGAUUGGUGAUCUCCAUCAAAAACUGCGUCGAAUGAUAUACAUAUCGAGCUAUUUGAGUUCAAAAAUGUUUUUGAAAAUUUUCCCCUGGGGUACCCCCCAGGAUUUUUUUCAAAAAACGUUAUAUAGAUACAGAGUUUUUCAUCCAUGUAAUUCCAUAUACUGCCUUCCUACAAAACUAACUUGUUUUUGACUGCUAUAUUUAAUUCGACAGAAAUUGAUUUUUUAUCCACAGUUAGAUCUUUCAUUUCUAUGGCUCGUUUCAAGAGAUGAAUAUCUGAGUCUAUUUUAACCCUGAAUUUUACUGAACCCCCCCCCAGAAUAGAAGGGCAUGGCUUUCUCUUGUGUCCCGUCGGAUCAAACUUUUUAGGGUGGCCUUCUAUUAAGAGUGGCCUUCUAAACCGACCUCCUAGAUAGAAUUU